UCUGGACCUGUUCCCUGCACCCCUAUCUCACAUAUACCACGCCCACUAAAGACUGGGCUCCGCCCCUCCUUCCCAGAGCACGGAGCAGGGGAACGGUCACGCCCCGCCCCAGUCCGAGGAAAAGGGAGACCCCUCUUCUCUCCCCCGAUUAGAUAAUGUCCGAAGACAGUGAGAGCUUUUCUCAAGAAGAGAGGCCAGUAUUUAGACCAUUUACCAGAGAAAGCUUGGCUGAGGUUGAAGCACGAAUAUCUGAAGAUCGAGCGAAGAAGAAGGAAAUAGAGAGGAAGAGAGCUGAAGGAGAGGCUCGGUAUGAUGAUGAGGAUGAUGAUGAUGGACCAGCAGCAGAUCCUCAACUUGAGGCAGGGAUGCCUCUACCUAUCAGGUUGGCAGCUGAAUUUCCGGCAGAGCUCACAGCUAUACCACUUGAUGAUAUCGACCCAUAUUACCAGAAUAAAAAGACUUUCAUCGUGGUCAGCAAAGGGAAGGAUAUCUUCAGAUAUUCGGCAGAAGAUUCCAUGUGGUUCCUUUCUCCUUUCUCUCCAGUUAGAAGGGUUGCAAUCCAUAUCAUGGUUCAUCCUCUCUUCUCCCUCAUCAUCAUUGUAACCAUCCUCGUCAAUUGUAUCAUGAUGAUAAUGACACCAAGUGAAAGGAUAGAGUCCACAGAGGUCAUUUUCACAGCGAUCUACACGUUUGAAUCUGCGACGAAGGUUAUGGGUCGAGGGUUCUGUAUGGUAAAGUUCACAUAUCUCCGAGAUGCUUGGAACUGGCUGGACUUUAUUGUUAUCAGUUUAGCAUAUUUGACAAUGGGAAUAGAUCUUGGAAACCUGGCAGCUCUCAGAACAUUUAGGGUUCUCAGAGCUCUAAAAACAGUUGCCAUCAUUCCAGGACUGAAAACGAUUGUCGGAGCUGUGAUAGAAUCCGUGAAGAACUUACGAGAUGUGAUCAUUCUAACCCUCUUCGCUCUUUCCGUAUUUGCUCUGUUAGGCUUACAGGUUUAUAUGGGAUUUCUCUCUCAUAAAUGCAUCCGAACCUUCCCUGAAGAUGGCUCUGGACCCGAGCUGACCCAUGAUAACUGGUUUGCAUUCACGAACAACCGGUCAAACUGGUUUAAAGCUGAGGACGCUAAGAACUAUCUUCUGUGUGGUAAUAUGAGCGGUGCUGGUGCCUGCCCGGACAAUUAUACUUGCCUUGAAGGGUUCGGUGAGAACCCUGACAAUGAUUUUACAAGCUUUGAUACCUUUGGAUGGGCUUUCCUUUGUGCCUUUAGACUAAUGACCCAGGAUUACUGGGAGGAUCUGUAUCAGAUGGUUCUACGAACUGCUGGACCCUGGCAUAUAAUCUUUUUCCUUGUAAUUAUUUUCCUUGGUUCCUUCUACCUUGUCAACCUUAUCCUAGCUAUAGUAGCGAUGAGCUACGAUGAGCUGCAGAAGAAAGCUGAGGAGGAAGAGGAAGCAGCUCUUCUUGAAGAGGAAGCUCUAAGGAGGGAGCAGGAGGAAAGGGAGGCCGAGGAAGCAGCACUUUAUGCUGACGAGGACGAGGACGAGGAUGAGGAUGAGGAUGAGGAUGAUGAAGAAGAGGAGGAAGAAGAUGAUGAUUAUGAGAAAAGUAUAAACCAUCCAGAUCCAUUGGUCGAAACAGCUGAUCCAGAUAUCAACAAAAUAAAGCGAUCUCCUUCUGAAUUUUCUGCUCUUAGUUUUCAACUCUUUGUCGACCAAACAAAGAACGGAGUGGAUAAUAAAGAGCAUAUGAGUAUUGAGUCAGACUGGGAAGAUUCAAACAUUGAAUCCAUCAAUCCAUCCGUCUCAAGCAGAAAGAAAAUGUUAAGAUUGCCAAACCAUGCCAGCCUUAGUUUGCCAGGAUCUCCUUUUCAUAGUCGGUACUCCAGGAGUAGUCAUAAUUAUACCUGGAGAACCAACGGUGUGAGAUAUAGUGAAAAUCGACUCCGAUCCUCCUAUCUAGAGGCACAUGAGUCCCUGCCUUACAUGGAUGAUAGUAGAGCUGUUUCUCCCCUGGGUAGUCUAGAUAUUGUACCAGGAUACUAUAAUCAUUCUAGACAGAACUCAUACAGCUCACAUUCAUCCAGAAUAACAUAUAACUCUCAUGCUGAACUAACUAACCGGGGUGGUUCCAGGGAAUUGCAUUGGAGAAGGUCCGCCAAUGAGCGAGGGAUGACCUGGGGUAAUUAUAUAAACUCCUGGCACACUAACAAUGACCUCCCUCUGCCCUCCAAUGGACACAAGCAUAUGGAUAAACUAAGCGCAAUCAAGACAAUCCUUCCUGAUCAGUCUCAGGACAAACCCAGACCUAGUGUUCAAUUUCCAGAUGUAAACCCUCGAUAUGGAGGUGGAGGAGGAGGUGGGGGAGGUGGAGGAGGAGGUGGAGGAGGAUAUAGACAAGAUAAUCCUUUUCUUGACAACACAAAUAAUUCAAAUCUUGAUAUUAAAGAUGUGAUAGUAUUAAACGAUAUUCUGGAGCAGGCCUCCAGACGACCCUCAGCUAGAAGGUCAACAAUCAUCGAGGAGGAGGAGGGGUUCAGAUUAAAAGACAGGUUGGCUGAGGGCUGCGCUAAAUGUAUUGAUAUAUUCUGCGUAUGGGACUGUUGUGGAUGCUAUAUAAGACUAGCGGAGAUGCUUUCAUUUGUAGUCUUCGAUCCGUUCGCUGACCUGUUUAUCACCUUAUGUAUCGUUGUCAAUACAUUCUUUAUGGCCCUGGACCAACAUGAUAUGGAUCCUGGAAUGGAGAGUGCGCUUAAAAAUGGAAAUUAUUUUUUUACUGCUACAUUCGCUGUGGAGGCUGUGAUGAAGUUGAUGGCUAUGAGCCCGAAAUUCUACUUCAAGGAGGGUUGGAAUAUAUUUGAUUUUAUAAUCGUUUCUCUUUCACUCAUUGAGCUGGGUCUGGCCAACGUAUCCGGUCUAUCCGUCCUUAGGUCUUUCAGACUGCUGAGAGUAUUCAAAUUGGCAAAGUCCUGGCCGACGCUCAACUUGCUAAUAUCAAUCAUGGGAAAGACGAUGGGAGCCCUGGGGAACCUCACGUUCGUUCUCUGCAUCAUCAUCUUCAUCUUCGCCGUCAUGGGGAUGCAGCUGUUUGGGAAAAGUUACACAGAUAAUAUCGACAGAUUCCCGAACAAGACAAUGCCGCGUUGGAAUUUUACAGAUUUCAUGCACAGCUUCAUGAUCGUCUUCCGUGUACUGUGUGGGGAGUGGAUAGAGUCGAUGUGGGACUGUAUGUGGGUCGCAUCUAAAGUCUGUGUUCCUUUCUUCCUCGCCACUGUUGUUAUUGGAAACCUUGUGGUUUUAAACCUGUUCCUUGCUCUCCUUCUUUCCAGUUUCGGAGCUUCCAACUUGUCUGCUGCUGACUCCGGAGAUGAUGGAACCAACAAACUUACUGAAGCUAUUAAUAGAAUCAGUCGAUUGAAGAGGUUUAUCAAGAGAAAGUUGAUCGGGGUAACUAUGUUUGUAAAGAACAGGGUUGUGGCGUGCUUCAGUAGAAGAAUUCAAUUUGAGAGAGUUGCUGGGCCCCCGGUUCAUCCUUCUCAUCCACCCUCUCAUCCUCCUCGUCAUCCACCCCCUCAUCUACCACAUCCUCCACAACCCCCAGACCAACAAGACCUUGUUACAGACCGACUCCUCGCUAGCUUAGACCGAGAGGAGACCAAGUUUGAUGUUCAAAUUGGUGACGGGAUGGAUAUUGAUAUUGCAGGAGAAAACGGAGAUAUCAAUUCCAGCCUUUCCUUAGCUCUCACCCACUUCCAGACUAACUCACUGAUGAAUUCCUUCUCUAAGACGAACAGCAUCAAGGGGAGAAUACCAGAGUUUCCUUACAGUGAUACCAUCAGUGAAGCAUCUUAUGGAAGUCAUAGAAACACCAAUAAAUACACUGAUCCCAGCAGUCACAAGGGUUCCUGUAACGGACUGUACGGUAAUGGAGCUAAUGGUGGUGUACAUAACAUACUACCUGGAGACUCUGGAGAUGAUGAGGAGGAACAGGUUGAAGAGGAAGAGGAGGAACUACUAGACGUCAAUGCUCAAGAGAUGUUGAUGCAAGAUUAUCCGUCAGAUUGCUUUCCGGUCAGAUGGUACGGAUACUUCCCUUGUAUGAUUGGUGACGAUGAUUCCCCGUUUUGGCAGGGCUGGGCCAACCUGAGGAUAAAAACAUUUCGUCUGAUUGAAAACAAAUAUUUUGAGACUGCUGUGAUAGCCAUGAUCCUGCUCAGCUCUCUAGCUUUGGCUGCUGAGGAUAUAUACCUGGAGGAGCGUCCUGUCCUUCAAGAUGUACUCUACUACAUGGACAAGAUCUUCACCGUUAUAUUCGCCAUGGAGAUGACCGUCAAAUGGUUGGCGCUUGGCUUCGUCAAGUACUUCACUAAUGCCUGGUGCUGGCUGGAUUUUGUUAUCGUUAUGUCCUCCCUGGCCAAUUUGAUAAUUGAAUACCUCGGACGGGUUGGUGUCUCCGGAGUCAGAGUUUUCAGAACAUUUAGAUGUAUCCGUCCUCUCAGGGCUAUGUCUAGAAUAGAAAGUCUUAAGGUAUCUUUGAUCAACUUCACCGCAACUUUGCUUGGAGCUGGAGGAAUCCAGGCUUUCAAGACUAUGCGAACCCUCAGGGCUCUCAGACCACUCAGAGCUAUGUCUAGAAUGCAGGGCAUGCGGGUUGUGGUAAAUGCCUUGGUUCAAGCUAUUCCUAGUAUAUUCAACGUGUUGUUGGUUUGUAUCAUUUUCUGGUUAAUAUUUGCCAUCAUGGGGGUUCAGCUCUUCGCAGGCAAAUAUUAUAAGUGUCGAGAUAUAAUAACCUUGGAGAGAGUGAACUAUGAGAUUACUCCUGAUGUUAAUGCCUGCCUGGAGGAGAACGGAACAGAAUGGAUCAAUUCUCCAAUUCACUUUGACAACGUACCAAUGGCCUAUCUCUCUCUCUUCCAAGUCGCUACCUUCAAGGGUUGGCUUGCGAUUAUGAAUGACGCAAUUGAUUCUCGGGAUAAUAUUGGUCUUCAACCUAUCCGUGAGAUCAAUAUCUACAUGUACAUCUACUUCGUGUUCUUCAUCGUGUUCGGGUCCUUCUUCACCCUCAACCUGUUCAUUGGGGUCAUCAUUGACAACUUUAACGAGCAGAAGAAGAAGGGCCGAGAUGUUGGAGGAUCUCUGGAAAUGUUUAUGACUGAGGAUCAGAAAAAAUACUACGCUGCGAUGAAAAAAAUGGGAAAGAAAAAACCGGUCAAAGCAAUUCCUAGGCCAAGGUGGAGACCUCAGGCAAUUAUAUUCGGGAUAGUGACGAACAAGAAGUUCGACAUGAUUAUCAUGAUGUUCAUCGGUCUGAACAUGUUGACGAUGACCCUGGACCACUACGGGCAGUCCGACAUGUGGAACUUCGCCCUGGACAACCUCAACCUUGGAUUUAUCUGCAUCUUCACGACGGAGUGCGUACUCAAGAUAUUUGCUCUCCGGCAACAUUAUUUCACUGAACCGUGGAAUGUGUUCGACUUUGUAGUCGUUAUUCUCUCAAUACUUGGUAUCCUACUGAGUGACCUCAUAGAGAAAUAUUUCGUAUCCCCAACUCUGCUCCGGGUGGUUCGAGUAGCUAAGAUAGGACGAGUUCUCCGACUGGUGAAGGGAGCUCGCGGGAUCCGAACCUUGCUCUUUGCCCUCGCCAUGUCAAUGCCUGCACUCUUCAAUAUCUGUCUUCUCCUCUUCCUUGUGAUGUUUAUCUUCGCAAUCUUCGGGAUGAGUUUCUUCAUGAAUGUGAAGCUACGAGGAACUCUGGACGAGGUUUACAACUUUAGAACCUUUGGUCAGAGCAUGAUCUUACUCUUCCAGAUGUCAACCUCUGCAGGAUGGGACGGAGUUCUUAAUGGGAUCAUGAACGAGGAAGAUUGUGAACCAGCGAACCAAGAGACAGGAUACGCUGGAAACUGCGGGAAUGCUGCCGUUGCAAUCUCCUUCCUGCUGACCUACCUUGUCAUAUCCUUCCUCAUCGUCAUCAACAUGUACAUUGCGGUCAUCCUGGAAAACUACAGUCAGGCAACAGAGGAUGUUACGGAAGGAUUGACUGGAGAUGAUUAUGAUAUGUACUAUGAGAUCUGGCAACAGUUUGAUCCCGAGGGUAGUCAAUAUAUCAGAUAUUCUCAACUAUCAGACUUCCUGGAUGUUUUAGAACCUCCUCUGCAGAUCCAUAAACCAAACAAGUUUAAGAUUAUAUCCAUGGAUAUUCCAAUAUGUCGGGGGGAUCUAUGUUUCUGUGUAGAUGUCCUUGAUGCGCUCACAAAAGAUUUCUUUGCCCGGAAAGGAAAUCCUGUUGAGGAGACAGCAGAGCUCGGUGAAGUGACUGCUCAGACAGACAGACCGGGAUACGAACCUAUCUCCAGUACACUCUGGAGACAGAGGGAGGAAUACUGCGCCAGAAUGAUUCAAUCCGUGUGGAGAAAACAGUUUAAAUUUACCGCGAAUUUGAUUCCGUCGAGGAAUUAUAAUUACGGGUUGAACGGAAACUCAAAAGUGAUUAUUGAAGUGACGGAACGUUUAGAACGGAAUAUGUCCCGAGGAACGGAAACUUCGGAGCGGAAAGUUUCCGCUGAACCAAUGAUUCCGACAGAUUUAAAACGUGAUAAAGAUGGGAGUGAAAAAAACGAUAUUGAAACAAUUGUGACCGUUGAGUCUGAAAGAUAGCUGAAGUAUUAAUUCCGAAAAAAAACCUCAUAGUCCGGUGACAUAUCAAUCCUUAGAAAAUAAUUGUACUCAAAAACCUACUUUCACCGCGCAUUUACAGUAGACAGAUAAACCUAUCUAUAUAUCCUAUCUAUAGAAUUAGUGUUACAAAGACGAUAUAUCCGAAACAUUUUUGCCUUGUGAUUUGAGAAGUAAAAAUCCAGAAAAUUAAGGAAUAAAUAUGUCCUUCACCAAAACAAUAUAUUUAACAGUAAAAAAAAGGAUUUUACAGGUUUAAAAAAUUUAACUAAAAUGUUGAAUUGAUUUCAGAUGUACAUGUGAUUGUGCAUGCUGAAGUACAUGUUGUACAUAUAUGUACAACAACCAAAACUUUACAGUGUAGAGUGUAAAACUAACCUAACCAUUAAUGUACAUAAUAUUCAAUUUACAUAAUUCAUGGCAAUAAUUGUUACAGCUGACCUGUGUCCAGCAAAAUUUAUCUUUAAGUUUGAGAAUAUUUUUAUAAAUUAUAUCUAAAAUUUAUCUGGUUGAUAGUUAUAGAGCAGAUUUUAUUGUGUAAAUUAUAUCAAAAUUAUUGUUAGUCAAAAACAUGAAAUUUAGAAGUUAAAUUUUUUUCUGAAAAAUUGUUUUAACAAAAAAAAGUAGUUUUUCUGAGAGCUACGUACAUAGCUGUACAUUUGACCUUACAUACAGCACAUGCGUUAUGUCAAAGUUCUGAUAAGAAAUUUUGUAAAAUUUAUAAGUAAUUUGUGCACUCAUGAAUAUGUGAAAUAAGCUAGUUAUAUAUUGGGUGAAGGUUAAACUUACUGUUAGAAUUCUGAAACCUGGUCUCUCACACGAUACAGCAAAUAUGUUAGAACAUAUAUACAACAUAUUUGGUGAAAAAUGUUGUAUUGUCAUUUACAUUUAGAAUAAAACAUCUGAUUAUCAGUGUCCCAACUGAAACUUAAUCUGUCGUUUUUAUUUUAACUUUACAAACUUUAUGCUAUACAGUACAACUACUGAAAUUUACCAUGUACAGUUCAGUAAUAAUAAUACCACAAAAAAACUCAAUUUAAAUUAACGAUUUAAUUUAUUUUUGAAAAUAUUUAAAAACUAAAUUAAUCGGGAUGAAUAUGUUUGGAACUAUAACAUUGUAUUGUUAUUGUUAGAAAUUCAAAUGUCAACACAAAGUUUUUGUGUGUUAGACAAGUUUCAGAAUUCUAAGAUACAGGGUUACCCAAAAAAGAUGAGACUUCAGAGACGACUGUACUGAAUUCAUAUUGCCUGUUUCCUUACAUUCAAGAAUCAAGAUUCCCUGUUUCUUUCUUUGCCAAAUAAUUGAAUAAGCCAUGAAAAGACUAUAUAUUGAAUUAGAAGAAGUCUUAAUUAUCAAAUCAAUGAUGUUUCAAGUCGUCUUUACAGUCUCAUUCCAUGUUGGUAAUUCUUGUUUUUUAAGCGUGUAUCCGUGUAACAUUGGAAUAUGAGUAAACUUUAUUGCGUACACUUAUUUUCCAAUAUACACAAUCAUACCUUGAAUUUUCAUUUUGUUCCUUCCCUUUUAAAUUCAAAGGAAUUGAAUCUAUGCCACAAAAUCUAAUUUUAUCUUUGUAAACUCAAUGUCUUAGAUUAUGUUAGAUCAUUUAAUCUAAGUUUAAAAUAUCAAAGGUUUAUACCGUCAGCUUACAAAGAUAAAGGGAUAAAAAUCUGAGUUUGCGGCAAAGACUCGAUUCCUUUGUUGCACAAAAGGGAAUGAUGAAGAAAUGUUUUUAUUUAUCAUGAAAGUAUUCAUUGACAGUGUUGAAUACUUACCUCGUGUUCGAGUUAUGCUAUCACACUUUAUAACAAGAUGUAACGUGAUAUCCCUCAUUUAUCAAAGACAAACUAACAAGCAUACAUCUAAUUUAAAAAAAAUCAAAAAUAACCCCCCACCCCACCCCCGCCUACUUUUUCCUGACUCUUCAAUCUAACAUAUUCGUCCCUUUAUGUUCAUGAUUUUAUACCAACAUUAUUUGGCAAAAAUAGAAAAUAAAUUUAAUCAAGAAGACUUUUAUAAGAAAAAUUUUUAAAAUUGACACAAUUUAUUUUAUAGUUUACAUAUGUAUAUGUACAUAGUCCCCCCAUAAUAAUGGUAUUUUGUAAAGAUCCUAACAUGAAAUAUACUGGAAACAUGGUGA